UCCCAGUUUCAAAGGACACCAGAGUCAGAGCAGAAAUCAGAACGAAGCAAUCACGAACUCCAGAUAACAUCAUGACAGUCCAUGCUGGUUUACCCCUGUUGCUGGUUAUUAUUCUGGUAUCACUAGCAUCAUUUUCCUGCUCAUCUUGCAGCGUUUUCAACCAACCUAUUCAGGUUGAAGCUGAGAAAGAAAUACUUAUGGAAGUGGCCAAACAGGACAUUCUGAACAAACUUCACUUACGCCAGCGGCCAAACAUUUCACAGGCAGUAUCCAGAGAGAAUCUGGCACAAGCGUUGCUACGAUUAAACAUUGUGUUGGAUGAGGACUAUUUAGUAGACUUGCCAAUAAAGAAUGGUAGAGGGGAAAAGGAACUGCAUAUUGGUCAAACCCAUGAAGUCAUCAGUUUUGCUGAAAUAGAUAACUCAAAUGGUGCCAGAAGUGUUCUUCACUUUCAUUUAUCUACUGACAAAGACAAGCAAGAGGAGAUACACCAGGCACAUAUGUGGUUGUAUCUGAAAACGACAUCCCGCAACAAGAUAACCCUAUCUGUCAGUUGCAAGUUCAUGCCUAAGGGUUGUUCAAUAAAAGGCACAACCCAGGCUAAAGCUGUAAGUGGUGGCUGGUAUAUGGUUCCUUUACAGAUGUUCUCUGGAGAAGCUCUCAACGAGGGAACCGAAAAUAUGUACAUAGAACUGAUGUGCCUGGACUGUAAGAAUCCACUUAAAAUGGAUAAUAUUAGCCAUGUCCUUCGUCCAUUUCUGGCAUUAAAAGUUCACAACAAACAGGAGGACACUCGAAUUCGGAGACAUAUCACAGAGUGCACUAAUGAUGUGCAGAUAUGUUGCCUAAAGAAAUUUUACAUUGCUUUUAAAGACAUUGGCUGGAAUGACUGGAUAAUUAGCCCAAAGGGGUAUUUCAUGAACCUAUGUGGAGGGAGAUGUCCCGUUCACCUGGCCAGAGCACCAGGAAUUGCGGCAUCAAGUCAUACGGCUAUCUUUAGCCUCAUCAAAGCAAACAACGUAUAUUCUAAUCUCAGUCUGUGUUGUGUUCCAACAAAACGAAGGCCUCUCUCUUUUCUUUACUUUAACAUCAACAACACCAUUGUCAAGGCCGACAUUCCCGAUAUGAUUGUGGAUAGCUGCGGUUGUACUUAGCAUGUUUUUCAUGUGAAGAUGUCAUUAACCCUUUUUAAUUUAUUUAAAUGUGUAUUCAGUCUCUAUUUCCUCCUUUUCAUGUUCAGUAGCAUUAAUUACCGAUACUAGAAAAUAAAGCCAUAAUUAAUAGGCAGGAAAACACGAGUUUAAAAAAUCAGGAGAUGGAAAUUCUUCAUGAGGAUAUGAGCUGACCCAUGAGAUGAAUGUGUCAAUGAGAUUAGAGGGUUUAUUUUGGUAAGAUUGGUAACUUGUAACCCACAAAAUGCUAAAUGUGUAGUUGUGAUGUGUAAUCUCUGGUUAAUAAGCCUGUCUCGUCCAAGAACCCUAAAAACCCCAAUGGCCCUAACCUUGGCCAAUAACAAAAAAACUCACCUGUCCACAGUCCCACUCUUCCUGCAUCAUUGCCAGACCCUGCCAGAUCAGAAAUGGCUUGGUCCAGUGACCGAUGUGACCAAUCCCUUGUAUCAGCGGUCACGUGCUAGAAUGGCACAUCGCUAGCAGUAAUGCACUGUUCUAGCACAUGUGCCAGAGAUUAGCCGCAGUGGUCACUGGACUGUGCCACUUCUGUAUUGGUCUCAUGAACUUCUAGCUGGGACCAGAAGCAGUCAGGAACAGGGCAGCCACAGCGAACAGUGGGACUGCAGGCAGGGGAGUUUUUUCUUUUUUUACUGAGCAAAGGUUAAGUCCAUUUGGGUUCUCAGCUCCUAGUCUAGACCUCCUCUUUAAUAAUUCAACUGUCAAGAUAUAUAUUUUUUAAAAACAAUUUUGCAGAUACAAUCUUGUUAAUCUAAUUUUGCAUAUACUUAAUUUACCUACAUUAAAGUAAAAAAGUUUGGACAUUUUCCAGAUGUACCUUUUUAUUGCAUAUUUGUCACAUUAAACAGUUUUCAAUCUU